UUCGCCAUGUUAUCGAGAAAAAGCUGAGUACAGCUGUCGUCGUCUGAUAAAGAGAAGACAGGCCACGAGGCGUACUGAACGGCAUCGAAAUGAAAUCUCGCUGAUUAAUUAUCAAAUCUCGACUCUUAGAUUAACCGGCCGGCGGAGCAGCUGGCCGAAACGAGUUUUUGAGUUUUACAAACUGCGCAGCAAGCCGAAUCGGCUGCCAUGGAUUUUUAAGGCAUAAUGCGGCUACUGUAAUGCAAUGGCGAUGCAUCAUGCAAGGCGAAAUCAACUGCGAAACUCCAUCUUCGCAACUGCCAAGCAGUUGGGCUCCUGUACCGUCCGCGGUAUACCGGCGAGCCAACCGGUCCCGCUGCUCCUCGACCGGAGGAAGCUAACGCUAGGUAGCUAGUCAUUCAGCUAACAGCAUCGAGCUAAGGCUAAUCAUCGAUUCAUCUUAACGUCAUCAACUCAAUCGAUCAACAAUGAAGCCUCAAGAUAUCGUCGCCGGGAAGACCAGCCUGUGGAUCUUCGGGUACGGGUCGCUGGUGUGGAAGCCGGACUUCAAGUACAGGAGGAGCAAGGUCGGGUACAUUCAAGGCUACAAGAGGCGUUUCUGGCACGGAGACAACUUCCACCGCGGGAACGACGACUUGCCCGGAAGAGUGGUGACGCUGAUCGAAGAUGAUGACGCGAGCACUUGGGGUGUGGCAUUCGAGGUGACAGGCUCUCAGGUGGAGGAGUCCCUGAAGUACCUGAAUGUGCGCGAGACAGUCUGCGGCGGUUACAGCACCAAGAUGGUUGAUUUCUUCCCCGAGGGGGGGAAUGAGCCUCCGGUUCAGGCGAUGCUGUACAUCGCCACGACUGACAACCCCCUCUACCUGGGGCCAGCCAGCCCAGAGGAGAUUGGCGUCCAGAUCGCUGUGAGCAGAGGAAAGACGGGCCACAACCUGGAGUAUCUGCUUCGGCUGGCGGAGUUCAUGAGGAGCAAAUGCCCACAUGUUGAAGACCACCACCUGUACUCCAUCGAGGCAGCAGCACUCACCGUGGUGUCCUGUCUGUUAGCAGCCCAGUAGCUCAUACCCUUAGUGUCACUCACUUAUAUGAUGUAUGACUACACUACACUCUCAAAUGCACAAACAGAGGCUUUUCAUAGGUCCAGUUUAUUCAUCAUUGUUUAAGUUGUGGAAUCUAUUUCCCAUUAAAUGCUACUGAAGUUUUAACAAAAGGGAUGCAGACGUUUAUUUGUUCUGUAACAUGUUCAUGUACAUGUUUGUACAUCAGAUACAAAAUGUGUCAGUAUUCAUUUGUUUAUGACUGUAAAGUUGUGAUAUCUGUUUUUUGCUGCUUUCUUUUUUUUUUUUUUU